AUGUUCCGACAGUCUCAUAGGACUAAAAGCAACCAGUUCAUAACCGCCUCGCCACAUCUCGCACGAUGCGAUCCCAGGCCGUAUACAAGCUCAGGGGUAUCCUGUCUUCUUUUUAUGGCGACACCACGAGAAGGUAUGAACCCAUUGUCCCAGCAACCUGGCGAGGACUGCUGCCCAGUGCGAGCUCACUGGGGGCAUCGCAGGGAACCUCAGCUUUAG